AUGGGGCGAAUGUUCGAUGUUGGAGUGAUGGUUGUGUGGGUAGUGGCGCUUAACCUCUGCUUCUUUCCCAGUAAAAUAUCAGCACAGCUUCGACUAAACUACUACGCUGAUACCUGCCCCAAUGUGGAAGAGAUAGUCAGAGAUGCCGUUACUAAGAAGUUUAAUCAGACAUUCGUCACUGUGCCCGGAACCCUUCGUCUCUUCUUCCAUGAUUGCUUUGUCGAGGGAUGCGAUGCUUCGAUUAUGAUCUCGUCUACAGCAAACAACACAGCGGAGAAGGACAAUCCCAUUAACCUUUCCCUCGCUGGUGAUGGUUUUGACACCGUAAUCAAGGCCAAGGCAGCAGUUGAAGCAACCCUUGGUUGUGAGAACAAGGUUUCCUGUGCUGAUAUCCUCGCCAUGGCUGCCCGAGAUGUCGUUGCCCUGGCUGGCGGACCGUCUUUUCGAGUUAAGUUGGGAAGAUUGGAUGGGUUAAGCUCCACCUCUUCAAGCGUGGAUGGAAAUUUGCCUCUGUCAAGUUUCAAUCUGGAAGAGCUCACUUCUCUGUUCUCUUCUCAUGGUCUCUACAUAGGAGACAUGAUCGCUCUCUCAGCGGCACACACGGUUGGGUUUUCUCACUGCAACCAGUUCGCGAAUCGCAUAUACAAUUUCUCAGGAAAUACCCUGGUGGACGACAACGUGGAUCCCACGAUCAACACGGGUUACGUGUCGGAACUGAAAUCGAUGUGCCCUAUAGAUGUGGAUCCAAGGAUAGCCAUUAACAUGGAUCCCAUCACCCCCCGGGUGUUCGACAAUAUGUACUACAAGAACCUCCAGCAAGGGAAGGGGCUUUUCACUUCUGACCAGGUCCUUUACACGGACACCAGGUCCAGGCGUUUCGUUAAUUUCUGGGCUUCCAACUCUAACGCCUUCGAACAAGCCUUCGUCGCUGCCAUGACCAGGCUUGGCCGUGUCGGAGUCAAGACCGGCUCUAAUGGCAACAUCCGCCGGGAUUGUUCAGUCUUCAACUGAUGACUACCCUUAUAAAUUAAGCUUC